AUGUCCGUACACGACCAGGCGGCAGCGGCGGUGCUGUCGCAGCUAGCUUUGGCGGGCGACGGCGCAGUACUCGGACUCGGCCUAGCAUACGUCGCCGUUCGUUGCAUUCUCAAAUUCAACGCCGACUCCGCCGCCCUAACCAAAAUUAAGCAGGCGCCUUCCGUUCGUGUCUCCGAUCUCCGCAGCCUUUCUUCUUCCGGCGAUGAUUAUAGUACCACUCCGAUUGACCAGCACGACGACGGUGGAAAGCUCGUGGUUGUGCGCGGCUCCGUCGAACCUAAAUCCGCUUUGGAAGGCGGCGGAAAUUGGAAGAGCCUCGUUUCCGCCGGCGGCCACGGCGUACUUAUCUCUCAAGAGUCCGGCGAGAAGGGCGUUAUAUUGCAGCGAACUCAUACGUGUAUAUACAAUGAAUGGAGGGGUUUCUUUGGAUGGACUUCUGAUUUACGCACUCUAUUUGCCAGAUCCUGGAAAGAGCAAGAGUCGUCCACUAUGAGAACAGUGCCAUUUAUUCUAGUCGAUCCUGAAAGGUGGCCUGAGCCUUCUCAUGUCGUUGUGGACAUGGAAGGGUCAAGACACCCUCUACCUUUAACAACAGUGUAUCAUAAUUUACGGCCGGUCACUGCCACUCCCUACACUUUCCUCCAGGCGCUGUUUGGCCAUCAGUAUCCAGUUGGACUGCUUGAGGAAGAGAAGCUUCUUCCAGUUGGAAAGGAAGUUACCGCAAUUGGCAUUUACAAUAUGAAGCACGAAACUCCUGUAAUCAAAUCAUGCAAAGAUCUCCCCUUUUUCUUGUCUGACUUAACUAAGGAUCAAAUGGUUUUAGAUCUUGACUUCAAAACCAGAGUUCUAUUCUGGAGUGGGAUUGUUGUUGGUUCGCUGGCGGUUGGUAUACUUGGUUAUGCUGUAGUAAGGAACUGGAAAAGAUGGAAAGAGUGGAGACAGCACCGUGAGAGGCAAGAACAAAAUUCGACAUCUGGGGAUGACCCCAACGAUGAAGAGCCCGAUGAGGAUAAUGGAGAUGUUCCGGAUGGAGAAUUAUGUGUUGUAUGCUUGAUGAGAAGGCGGCGAUCUGCAUUUAUUCCAUGUGGGCAUCUUGUUUGUUGUCGACGUUGUGCCUUCACAGUUGAACGCGAUUUAUUACCCAAGUGCCCAGUAUGUAGGCAAUCAAUUCGAGGUUCAGUGAGGAUUUAUGACUCAUGA